UUGUGGAGUGGUUGAAAAACAAGUUUUAAUGACUCGGACCUAAGUGUAUGUAAACUUCCGACUUCAACUGUAACUGACAAAUUUGUUCUCCUAGUCCUAGUGUGUUUGACGGAGUUUGGGAAAGAUAAUUGUAAAAUAAUGUGUUCAUGUUUGAGAGUGUAGAUUGAAUUUGUGAUCUCUGUUGUGCUCUCUAUGUGUGUGUGUGUGUGUGUGUGUGUGUGUGUGUGUGUGUGUGUGUGUGUGUGUGUGUGUGUGUGUGUGUCUGUGUGUGUCUGUGUGUGUGUGUGUGUGUGUGUGUGUGUGUGUGUGUGUGUUGCUAGUGCCAAAUAUUUUUCUACUUCUGUUGUUCUGGUGUUUUCAUCCCAAAGAACGAGCACAGGUCAAUAGGGGCCAAUAUAACAUAUCUAUGAACUAAAAGACUAAUGCAAUAGAUAUCUAGAUCAAUGUGAUGUUCUUUAGAUUUUCUGAUUGGGCAUCCGCCAAACAAAUGUUUGCCCCUGAAAACAGACAUUUUGUCUCUGUAAUUGCCUGACAGGUUCGAUGGUAAUCAUGACCUUUGUUAAAAGCAAAUUCAAAUUAAAUGUGUUACCAAUUGCAGAGUGGUUUUGGUGAGUGUCAAAAUCCCAGGCAUUCUCCCUUUAGAUAGAUGCUUGUUGUUUCCAGCAUAAGAAUCUGGAUCCAUCAACCUUUAAACUUUUCUCUGUUCAUAUUUCUCUAAGAUCAAAGGUCCGUCUGGCAGGCUUGUGAAAGUAGCCCUCACAGUAAACAGGAUGUCAAGCAUGCUUGUGGUGUCUGAUCUCUAUGGCUGCCCUGUAUGCCUGGUCUGUUUGUCCAAAGCAGGAUCUGCUUUUGUAUUGCUGUCGUGUGGUGACACUUUGGGUCUUUAUGUACAGUAUCAGUUCUAUGAUUGCUUUUGAUCAGAGUGGGAUGACAUGGUGCAAAUUUAGUCUGUGUUUUUGAAAGUAAGACAUUUUUGUUGAUCCUAUUAGUUACUGUUAAAUUGUUGUACUUCUUUCUGCUUUCAGUGGGGGUUAAAGUUCAAGGAGAAAAUAAAUCAAAGCAAUAAAAGGGACAUCUUUCGCCCUUUCUUAGUGAACAGGCAAAAGAAUAGAUGGGUUUCCAUAAGUAAGUAUUUCAAAAGGACCACAAUGUUUACAUCAAAAGAGCGCCCUCAGUCAAUUAAAGCUCAUGCCCACUUAGAUGAAACUGACGUUAUUGAAAUGUGACUUAAACAUCAACGUGCUAUCAUUGUACUGUGUGUAGAAACUGUAGAUGUUUGUACGUAUGAGUAUAAAAUAUGUGAACAAAUAAAGAUCAAGGAAAACACUUUGACAAUAUUAUCAAUAUGACAGAACACUAUUGUGUUGUCUUUGUUUUGUAAAUGACAUUUAAGAAAAAAUAUGUGAAUAUAUUCUUCAGUAAUCACUCCCAUGGGAUGUUGAGAAUAUUUUACAGAUGCUGACAAGGUGCUGUAUGUAUUUAUUUUUUGUGAGAAUUGUUACUUAUGCUGGGAUUCACACGUGUGGGGUAUUUGUCUAUCCAGUUCAAUUAAGAAAAUAAUAAACUACUAUGGACAUAAAACAAAGUCCUUUCCCUGUAUUGUAUGGUUUUGAUAAGGAAAUUGUGUGGUGUGUGUGUGUGUGUGUGUGUGUGUGUGUGUGUGUGUGUGUGUGUGUGUGUGUGUGUGUGUGUGUGUGUGUGUGUGUCACCAUAGCAAUCCACAAUGUUGAAUGCUGCGCUAAGAUUUAUAACAAACACAAGGCCUCUUACAUCACAUCACUGUACCUUGUAUCAGUUAGCAGGAAGGCCAUCCUUAACUGUAAGGCGACAGAGUCACUGUUACAUGUUUGUCUCUAAGGCCAUUUUAGGGCAGCUACCAAUAUAUUGAAGCGCUUUCCUUACCCUACAGACUCAUGGUCAUUACCGUCUGAGAUCACAGAACUGUAUUUUAUAUAAUGUUCCCAACAUAAUAACUGAGUUUGGUAAGAGUGCUUUUAGCUUUGCUGCCCCAUCAUAUUUUAACACUUUGCAGAAGGGCUUUAAACUAGGCCAUUUUAUUCUGAUUGGUGAUUUUAAAUCCUGUUAGGAGGGCUGCUGACAACAGAUUGCACAUGUUUUUAAACCUGCCCUUUUAAGCUCUCUUAUGCACUUUGCACUGUUUUAACUUCCAUUUAUUGUUAUGUUUAUGUUGUGUUGUGUCUCAUGUGUAACUAACUAUAUGUAUGUUGCAUUCUUGGCUAGGGCUCACUUGAAAAAGAGAUAUAAAUCUCAAUGUGACUAAAUAAAAGAGGUUGGCAUGGGCCCCAUCAAAGAGGUCAAAGAGGUGGACAUCAGAGAGAGGGUGGCAGACGGCAGGGAACUGUUGUGUCUAAUAAAGUCCUGGCCAUCGUCGUUGACCAUGUGGUAAACAGAGGCCUUACCAUGGUAGAGGCUGCCAGAUUAGCUCACCCCAAUCUGAAAAGAUCAACUGUCAAUUCGAUCAUUAGAACAUUUCGGCAAGAAAAACGAAUUGACAGAAGACCAACAACAAUCGGCCACCUUUUGAAGAGGCACCAGGUAUCUAUGAAACACAUUUACCUGGUGCCUUUUGAGAGAAACAACGACUGGGUGAAACAACUGCAGGCCGAGUAUGCUAAGAGGGUGAUGGUGCUUGAUGCUGCUGUGAACCAUCAUAAGUAUAUCUUUUUUGAUGAAGCGGGCUUCAACCUGGCUAAAACUUGGCGCUGUAGGCGGAACCUCAUCGGCCAAAGGGCGACCGCCCAAGUGCCUGGAAAACAUGGGGGAAACAUCUCCAUAUGCACAGCUAUCUCUGAAGAUGGUGUGGUAGAACGUAGGCCAUUACUUGGAUCCUACAACGCUGCACACCUCAUUGUGUUUCUCAAUGAAAUUGAGCAGGCCUGUCAAGGUGAAGGGGUCACCUAUGUCAUUGUGUGGGACAAUGUCAGGUUCCACCAUGCAGAGGUGGUGCAGGCAUGGUUUCGGGCCUAUCCCCGAUUCGUGACCCUAUAUCUGCCCCCAUACUCUCCUUUCCUCAACCCUAUUGAGGAUUUUUCUUCAGCAUGGAGAUGGAAGGUAUACGAUCACCAUCCCCAUGAGCUGGCCAUGGAUGAGACAUGCGAUGACAUCAAGCUUGGAUUCGCCAUGCCAAAAGGUUUUUCCCACGGUGCAUGAACAAUGAGGACAUUCAUUGUGAUGUGGAU